CCUUUGCCUAGUUGGAGUCGACUCACUGACAGCCGAAGCAGAACAGUGAAAUUAGGGUUUCUGAGAAACCGCCGACGACGUCUCGUCUCUCAUCGAUUCUCCUUUCCGUUCGAUUCCUCAGAUAGGUCUUUGUUCGUUAAUUUGAGAAAACAGAGAAGAAUUGCAACAUGGAGGACUGGGAAGAAGAUGUGCAAGUUCCAUCUCUCCUUUCUAAGGAGCCAGUGGUAAGAAGUAACUGGGAUGAUGAAGAUGCUGAUGACAAUGAGGUGAAGGAUUCAUGGGAGGAUGAUGAUGAACCUGCUCCUCCGGCACCUGCACCAAAAGCUCCUGCUGAAAAGGCACCCAGGAAACCUGCAGCAAAGGCUGCAGAAAAGAAAGGAAAAGCUGUUGAAGUAGAAAAGGAAGAGUCACUAGAUCCCCUGGCUGAGAAACUUCGCCAACAAAGACUGGUGGAAGAAGCAGAUUAUAAGGCCACUAAAGAACUUUUUUCUACUAGAGGUGAAGAGAAAAACAUUGACAAUUUCAUUCCCAAAUCGGAAAGUGACUUUCUGGAAUAUGCAGAACUCAUUUCACAUAAACUUCGUCCAUUUGAGAAAAGUUUUCAUUAUAUCGGUCUACUUAAGGCAGUUAUGAGAUUGUCAAUGACCUCCUUGAAAGGAGCAGAUGCAAAAGAUGUUGCAUCUUCAAUCACGGCAAUUGCAAAUGAGAAGAUAAAAGCUGAGAAGGAAGCCAAUGCUGGUAAAAAGAAGACAGGUGCAUAUCUUAACCUUGGCUGUUCAUACAGUAGUUUGAGUUUGAGUCAUUAUGGUGCUCUGAGAAAACAAAAAGUAAAAAUUGUUUUCCUGUAAAUGAACUAAUUGGGUGUCUUUUCGAAUUACACACUUCCAUUAUAUAAAAGAAUAAUACAAACUCUUCCACAUGUUCGGGGAACGUGCACUUGAAUGUUUGGCAGGUGCCCGUUAAUAUUUUUGAUUGUAAAUAACUGGUUAUUCUUCCACUUGUUGAAGAUGGAAAAAAAAGGAACAAAACUUUUAAUAGCUGGAAAUUGUAAUUUAUAAAAAAGUGGCAGGAGCAUUCUAAUGUCUGUACCGUGUAUUUGUAACAUCGUACCAUGUGGUUUGUCUUUACUUGAAAUUAUACAGUCACUUGCAAUAUAGGUUUAGUCUUUCGAAUUUGAUUUAAGGUUAGCUGUCACUAAUAACAAAGGAAACUGAUAAUUGCUUUCUUUGUUUGCAGGUGCCAAGAAAAA